AUGGCAUCAGUGAAGGACAUCAAGACGAAGCCGAGCGCGUCAGAGUUCACGUUCGGCCGAGAGCUCGGCCAAGGCAACUUUUCGCGCGUGUUCCUCGCUACGCACAACGCGACCAAGGAGGUAUUUGCCGUCAAGUUGAUCGAGAAGGCGCGUAUCAUGCGCAUGAAGAUACGCCAUCCCAACAUCUUCAACGAAGUCAACAUGGAAAAGACGGUGUUGAACAUGCUUCGCCACCCCAACAUCGUCCGCAUGUACCACACAUUCCAGGACGCGGCCAACCUGUACUUCCUCAUGGAAUACGUGUCCAAUGGCGAGCUUUGGGACGUGCUGCAGCUCCAGGGCAAGCAAGUCGGGUGUACGGAAGGCUUAGCUCGGUUCUACGCGGCCGACAUUGUCAACGCGCUCGAGUACAUGGCGUCGCGGCACAUUGUCCAUCGGGACCUCAAACCCGAAAAUAUGAUCGUCGCCAAAGAAGACGGGCACAUCCGCAUUGUGGACUUCGGCACGGCCAAGAACUUGUCGGACAUUUCGCUCAACGGCCCUAACUUCGUUGGCACGCCAGAGUACAUGUCGCCAGAGACGAUCGACAACAAAUCGGUCGACUGCAAGAGCGACUUGUGGUCGUUAGGGUGCAUUUUGUUUCAACUGUUUGCUGGUGAGACGCCAUUUCACGGUGGCAGUGCCUACCUCACGUUCCUCCGCGUCAAAGCGGGGACCUUUCACCUCCCCGCCUUCUUUUCCGACGAUGCCAAGGACCUCAUCACGCAGCUGCUGCACCCCCAGCCCCACGCUCGACCGUCGUUUGAAGCCAUUAAAGCGCAUCCGUUUUUCUAUGGUGUUGACUUUGCACACCACAUGACGGCCAGCCCACCAGAACCCACAUCUGAAGACCAGUUCGUGGCGAAAUCGGCCGCGGAUAUAGCGGCGUACGUGGCCGCCCCAUCGACCCCCCCCCCCCAAGUCCUCGCGACGGCGUCCGGCCUGCCUCCCGUCACCAAGGCUCGACUCAUGCAUGUUCUUCAUCGCAUGCAACUGCUUGCCCACCAUCUCGUGUACCCAGCGUUCUGUGUCGACGGACCGGCGGCGGGACGAUGCCGAUACGCCACCCGCCGAGGGUACAUUGGAUACGACCACACGGUGCACAACCAGUGGGUCAAACCCUAUCGCUUCGUACAUAUGUCUGGGCCAGCCCUCAACCUUCAAGGCCACGACGGAGCGCAACGUGAACUGGACCACUUCGAACGUGUGCUCGCGACUGUGAACGAUCUCCGCCCCACGUUUGUCGUGUUCUCUGGCAACAUGACUAGCCCUGUCACGACGAAUGACGUGGCAGCAGCAGGCGACGACGACCAACUGGACCACAAAACCAGAUCUACACGCAUAAUGACAGACUUGUUCCAGGCGGCCGUGCACAGGACAUUGGACCCCACGAUUCGAGUGGUAUUUGUGCCAGGCGAGUUGUCCUCCGAGACAGCAACGUCGUCGCAUGGCGCGUUUGGCGACGAUUUCUACAGCUUUUGGGUCGGCGGGGUCAAGUACAUUGUGCUCAAUUCAGCCUUGUUUCAGCAAACAAACGAGCCAACGUCGUUGGAACGGUCCUUGGCUCAAGAUCGUAAGAAAUACAGACUUUUUGUAAUAUAUCAGAAAUGCAGAAAUAUUUAUAUAUACCACAGAUGCAGAAAUAAUUAAUCAUAUUUAUAUUUCUAUAUAUAUAUUUAUCGUGAUGAGUGCUGGAUGAAUAAUAAAAUUAGUAUAUAUUUGCACUUGUACUAUACUAUUAGUAAUACAUAUAUUGUCCAUUUACCCAAAUGUGGUUGAUUGUUGUGCUGAUUUUCGCCAAAUCUAGAUUCUUUGAACUGACUUUUGUAUGAAAAGGUUGUCCAGAAUCACACUAAUUCGAUGUUGAUUGGGUCGAAGAGUGGGUUUGAUUGGCCACUUGAUUCGUGUUCUGGGUUUUGAUUGGUCGAUCGAUUGUCUGCCGAAUCGACUUGACAAUACAACUUCAUGCUGGUAAUGUAGAAUGGCUCCAUGACGAACUCGAACAUGGGUCUCUCUGUGCCACCCACGUGUGUGUGCUUACACACGACCCGUUCUUCGUCGACACCAUCGACGAGCCCACGAUGGGGGUUGGAGGCGUCGACGGCAGUGCCAAUAACGAAUCGCCAGUGUCUUGGAAUGUGCCGUUCGAGACGCGGAUGCCAUAUGUCAACAUGCUCGCCGAAGCCAAGGUGCGCGGUCUGUUUAGCAGUCACUAUCCGUCGACAAACGUGACAUCCGUGACCUGGCCGCCCAAGGAACCGACCGACGACGACGUCGCAGGUGACGACGACGGCGGCAGGGGCAGUCCUCCCCCUUCGUGUAUGGUCGUGGUGACCAACACGUUUGCGUCGCCACCCCCGCCGGACUCGGAUCCGUCGACGGUCAAGCGCGUGUUCCAUCUUGUUCAAGUGGAUCAAACAGGGUUCCAUGUCCAAACGCAUCCCGUCGAUGUUUAACAACGAUAUACAGCACACCCAUGUUGUUACGCAUAUUCAUAGUCGUAGUAUUACACGUGCAUGCCGCUGUCGUCGUCUUCUUUGAGCUCUUCGUCGUCGUCCAUGAGAGGAGACAUCUCGACGUUGGUCAUUUCCACCUCUCGGUGCUUGUUGAGCACGUACGACACGCGCUUGAAGUGGGCCAGCCGCAUCGCGACUGCGUGCUUGUGCGAAGUGGCCUUGUCAAUCCGACGCCGCUGCCACGUGACGAGGAGAAGGAGGCCCGCGAGGACACACACGAUGAACCCCACGCUCCGCAGAGCCAUCACUUUGGUAUGCUCUUCAUGCUCCAGCAGCAGGUUCUGCACCACCACGUCAGUCUUGUUGUCGUCCAUGACACCCAACGGCAACUUGUCCUCAAAAAGAUAUUUUGCCCCUGACGUUCGCU